AUGGACACGGGCUCGUUCGACCUCGUCGGCUUCCGGAAGCGCGACUGCAGGGGCUGCGGGCCUGCGGCGUCUGUGCUGCUGUGCUCGGCGCCGUCGUGCACGGUCGGCGGGGGGGAGGAGAAGUGCCUGGAGUACGGCAGCGGCACGACGUGCGGCGACAGGAGACCGGCGGCCGCGGACGUGUCCAUCGGGCCCCUGACCAGCUCAGGGCAGCGGUUCCUGCUGGGCCACAGCGCAAACAUGCCGGUGAUGAGCACGGCGAGGUUCCAGGCCAUCGUCGGCCUCGGCGUCCCUCAAAAAGGGGAGCUGCUUCCCGGGCUGGGCGCGCGGUACUUCUCCGUGUGCCUCCCAUCGGUGGACGACGGGAAGAUCGUCUGGAACGACGACGCCCCCGGCAGCGGGUUCGCUCACUUGCAUGUCGUCGCGUCGCGCUUCUGGGGCGUCAAGAUGACGGGGGCUCAUCUGAAAGGGCCCCGCGGCUCGCGCAAUGUGGGGUGCAGCCCGAGCUGCGGGGCGAUCCUGGACACGGGCACCUCGCUGAUCGGCGUGCCCUCAUCCACAUUUCGGCUCAUGAGCCGGGGCAUGGCCGAGCUGGGGGAGUCCUGCGACAAGAUCGACACCUUGCCCAGCCUCCACUUCAGGCUCGGCGGCGAGGACUUCGUCCUGCCGCCCACGGCCUUCGUGGGCUACUUCACUCAGAAGACCAUCCCCUGGCUCCCCAGCUGGCUGCCGCAGCCGGUGCUGCUGCGCUGUGAGCUCCUGAUGGUCGACAUGGGCGAGUUGCAGACAAGCCUCGGCUCCGCGUGGAUCCUCGGCAUGCCCUUCUUCCGCCACUACUACACCACCUUCGACCUCGGCGCCCGCGGCGGGACGGACGUGAACCGCAUGAUGGUCCACACCGCGCCCACGGGGGGGUCCUGCGUGCCCGGCGACGUCGCCAGGGAGAGGGAGCAGCGCCUGAUGACUGUGGACCCGCACAAGCUGCGGAUGCCCAGGUGGGUGGCGGGGGCCGCGGCCCGCCCAGGCGCGGGCAACUCCACGGAGCUGCUGUUCUGA